AACACGCUUUUCUGCAACGUUUAUGGCUCGCUGUGAUGUCCGAUGCUCCCAACAACUUUGACGGCCUUCCUUGUCCUCCUCCUUGAUUUAUUCCUCGACCAUGGCCAGCGGUCGCAAAGUUCUCGUUUUGAGAAAUCUCUGCGAUUUGAGCUGCGGCACGAACAUGCAGUCUCACCCGAUGCACAUGUGGUGUUCUCCGACGUGCCAUCGACUGUGAGCCUCGUCUACGGCAACGAAUCAUUCUAUUCAAUAGACACCCGGUAUAUGACCUCAUAUCGUCCAUCAAGUUUCAGCGCCUACAACGAUGCGAGGAUACGUUCCAUGCGGCAGGCACAAAGUGCAAUUUUGCCCUGGUACGAAACCGAAAUAUUAGGACCGAAUGUCGAGAAACGCAAAACACUGUUGGAACUCGCAAAGAUGACAAAUAAUGCCUAUGUGACCCCUGAUGAUAUCCAGUGGUACGAACUUGACAAGAACUGGACCACUCCUUAUCCGUUUGGAUGGGAACCAGAUGCUGAUGGGUUCCGAGGUUAUGUGUUUGCGACGCCCGACAACUCUACUAUCAUUCUAUCCAUCAAAGGCACUUCCGCAGCCGUAUGGGGAGGCGCAGGUCCGACUGCCAAGAAGGAUAAAUUGAACGAUAACUUGCUGUUCAGUUGUUGUUGUGCCAGAAUUGACUGGAGUUGGACAACCGUGUGUGGAUGCUAUCGUACAGGGUGGAAAUGCGACCAGGAUUGCCUAGAGCAGGCUCUAGUCGAAGAUAGUCUAUUUUACCCCAUUGGAACGAACUUGUAUAAUAAUUUAACCUAUAUGUACCCGACGUCAGAUAUUUGGAUCAUAGGGCACUCGCUAGGUGGUGCAGUGGCUUCCCUUCUUGGAAUCACGUUUGGUGUCCCUGUUGUUACCUUUGAGUCACCAGGGGAACGACUAGCUGCCAAGCGGCUGCAUUUGCCAUCGCCGCCAUCGACUCAUCAUGUCACGCAUGUAUAUCAUACUGCGGACCCCAUUGCGAUGGGUACCUGCAAUGGAAUUCUAUCUUCUUGCGCCUUGGGCGGGUUCGCAAUGGAAACUAAGUGUCAUCAAGGGAAAUCCAUUGUCUACGAUACUGUGUCGAACCUUUCUUGGGCUGUAGACAUACGCAAACAUGGGAUCGUCAACGUUAUAGAAGAAAUACUAGGGAAGGCCUGGCAGCCCAGCGAAGAUGUCGGUCGGGAGGUUCCACCCGCUGCAGCUGAAGAAGAUUGUGUGGAAUGUUAUAGCUGGGAGUUUGGCAAUUUUCCCGCGUAGAACCGCAGCAGCCGUGGGCUAGAACAUACCCACACCCUACUUUACCAUAUAUACCGGCACUUAUCACAAAGCUUGAUAAGUUUUGGAUGGGUUGCUGUAAUCCGUAAGCAGAAAGUACUUUGGAGGAGGAAGUGGCGACUUGGGUUAUGCUCUGUGUUUUGAGGUGAACUGUUUCAGGGAAUAGGUGAUUCAUCCGUCUGCUGCAUUUCAACCUUUUCUAUUUCAUCCAAUCUCGUGCUGGCUGAUUGUCACCUUGUGAAAUUUCAAUAGACUAGGAAUUAUGCAGGCGACCACAUCGCGCAUAUGUAUAUCUCACACGAAUUCGUUGCGCUGGAAAUGUUUGUCUGUGAGCAGAAGUGGCGA